ACAUAACUGUCACCCAUGUUUGUCAUAUACUGCGAAAUUUAUAUAGGCCAGGAUUUUAAAUUUCAUUAAAAAAUAUUUUAUGUGUCGCUAAGAUGAUGUUAAUUUACUAGAAAACAAGAAGCAUGUUGUGAUAUUAGUUAUAAAAUCAAAAUUUUUAGCUUCCAACAAAUACGAACAUUGACAAAUUUAACCGCUUAAGAUGUAUAGUCACGAAAAUAAACUCUAUAGCCGGUUAUAGCCGUUCCAGGCUGCCCGUCAAUUCCUUAACGUAAAGACAAAAUAAAUACAUAGAUGUGUUAGUGUUAGAUUCUUUGACUCGAAUUUAGUUUAUUUUAAUAUAUAACCUAAAUAUAUUGGGUUUAUUGUGAAAAUAACAGGUUACCGUGAUGUUAAAACGAAAUAAAUUAUUCUAGUAAUUAUGUGAAAAGUGUAUAAAACAGUAUAAAGCACAGCCUAGAAAUAUAACCUGAAUCAAAAAUGCCUCCAAUAAAUACUCCAAAUUCUGUUACUGGAGACGUGAGUGAUAAUGAUAUGUCUGGAAAUGAUUCGGACCAUUCAAAUACAAGUCAUGAAAACGACGCAAUUCACGAAUCAACAGAAGAUGAACCUGACUCUGAUGAUAGUUCUGAAAUGGAUGAAACGGAAUGUGAAACAAGACGAAAUACACUGUUACAACAUGUUCAGGAUUUAGAAAACCAAUUCAAUCAUCUCAGAGAGCAGUUGUAUAGAGAACGGUUAACACAAGUUGAGUGCCAAUUAUCUGAAGUUAAAUCUGGCAAAUCCCACGAUUAUUUAAUCUCGUUACAGGAACUUCAGGAAAAUAUGAGAAUACGAACUGAAGUGGCAGGGAUUGUGAAACAAUUAAAGCUUCAAAACAUUGAUAAUCAAUAUGAAGCUGAAGAACAAGCGGCACUUCAAAAUUUUGAGAGCGAAAAAACUUUGGCCUGUGAUUAUUAUUACAGUGAAUUAAUGGAGACAAUAAGACGAUUAGAAGAAGAUAGACACAAUAGUGAAAUAAGUUGGGGUGAAGGAGGAGAGUGGGGUUCUAGGUCACGAUCAAGAUCUAGAAGAAAAGCUGUUACUGUUUCUGGACCUUAUAUUGUAUAUAUGCUAAAACCUCAAGAUAUUUUGGAAGACUGGACUAUUAUAAGAAAAGCCCUCAAGAGAACCUCCUGACAUUUGGAUCUCAAAUUGUCUAAUUUUUUCAAGACAAAUAACUUAAAUUUGGAUUAAUUGGUCUUCAUAAUGUGUAAUUAUAUUAGUUUUUGGUUUCGUACAGUACCUAAACUAAGUAAUGAAGAUUAUUUUUAUUGUGAGAGAAUAUGUUCAUGAUGAUAACUUCUCGUAAGUCUAUAAAAAUUCAAUUAAAAUUUUUAUCAAGCAAAUAAUGCUAUUGUAUAAAUGAUUCUUUAUGAUAAUUAUUGUAUAAAAUGUGAUUUUACGACUUUAUUGUAUAAAUACUAUUUUAUGAUUUCAAUUAAAUCACUUUUGUGUUAAUUU